UCAGGCCUGAAGACUAUCUGUAAGAUACAGCUGAGGAUAUACUGAUGAAUAAGAUGAAAUCCCUCUAUCUAAAAGAGCCUUUGAUUGCAAAGACUAGAGAAAUUACUCGGAACAACAAUCUAAAUUACGGUGGUUUGGCCAAAAAUGCUAAGGAUAUUGGAAGAAAAACGACUCAAUUAAGGCCUAAAACUAAAUAGCUCGGAAACUUGCAGCGCUCGGUCUAAAUACCACCACUGUCAUGAUUACGUGCAUGUUGCCAUAAGAAAGCGUGACCCACAAAAUUCAUAUGAGGAACCUAGAAAUAAGACUGUUUAUAUAAACUCUGAGUACCUCAAACAAGCCAACCAGAGGUUUCUCAGAAGGGCUAACAGAAAUAGGAAGGUUUACAAAUAACGCACUUAAGUAUGGAACAGCUACAAAUAUUUACAAAGGACAUAAGCAAAAUUAAGAAUUCUCAACACCAAUCAUUAACUAUGAGCUCGUCCAAAAGAAAGCAUCAAGGCGAAGCAGAAACUAGUGAGAAAAUGAGACCGAUCACUAAUGCAAUGAAGAUCAGAGAGUUCAAAGGACAAAAAGAUCUGAGAAAGAUAAAUUUUGAUGCAUGAAAGGUACCCACCAAGAGUCAAGAGAGAAUCAGCCAACAAUUUAUUGAUUAUCAGAAGAGAACUGAUAAUUUGGACCUCCCUGGCGUCCAACUUCCAUAUUCUGAGAAUUUAGUUUCAAAUCAAGUGAAGGAAGAGAAGCCUCCAAAAUCUGAAUCAAGGAUCUUGGUGAGUAAAGAGUCAGAAAUUGUAUCCGAAAAGGAACCAAGCGAGAACAAUCUUGAUAGAAAAUAUUCUGAACCUCUAAGCAAUAUGUAA